AUGGAAGCCCCGCUGGAAGAUGGGCCUCCUGUCGGUGCUUCAGCGGGCAGUGAAGGACCCAGCCGUGGAGUGGAGUUGAAAGCCUCGGACGAAGCUAUCACAUUCAUGUCCAGCAUCGAACCUGCAGAGCUGCAGAAGUGUGUGUUUCCAGACUCUCUGGUGACUGUGUCAGAGUGCGGCAGAGACCUGGGGAAGUUCAGUGUGACGGUGGAGUUUGCCCGUAGAGUCCAGCAACCCUGUAUGCUGCUGCAUGCUCAGAGCCAAGGAGCCAUUGACGACUCCCCCUGUGGGACAACAGUGACAGCCUACCUAACUACUGACCUGGAGGUGCUGGAGGAAGAUUACCAUGAGUACGUCAAGCUUGAAGGCCACAGUUUGGACAAGAGGUGUCACAUGGUGCGGCACGACGGGGAGAUGGUGAUAGACAAGGUUACCACUGUAGGAGAGGAGGUGACAAGGGAGAGUGUUUCUUAUGCCACGUCUGUCCUAAGAGGGCUGGUAACAGAGGGUUCCAUCUUGCUGCUGAUGCGCCUGAUAGCUCUGAGGAAGAAGGUGCCAGAAAACAUGACCUUCAUUUCCUUCGACCAGGGACUACGCAUCAUCCACACCACCUUUAGUGAGCUGGGUCUGAAGCAGCUGGAGGUUGGGGGUGAGACCGUGGAGCUAUUUGGGAUGGAGAGGAUUGUUCAUUCUGUGGAGGAAAGCGCCGCUACCUGGCAGUGCUACUUCCUUGAUGAUGGGCACUUGGCCAGCAGAGUGCAGGUGGGAUCACCAGUCACCAUGAGGCUUCAGCAGCUGCCAUCACAGCUAGAAAAAGGUUUUGAGAAGAUCCCCCUGGUGUGGGAAGAAGACAUGCAGAUGCGCUCCAAGUUCCUGGACAGAAAGGAGGAGCUGAAGGCGGAUCAUGCUUCGUACCUGAGACAGCAUCCAGAGAUCCGUGCCCUCAUAUCUGACUUCCUGCAGUUCUUGUUACUGAGGAAACCAGACGAUGUCUUCCAGUUUGCCAGAGAGUACUUCAUCCCAUUUGCCUCCCGCCAUCCUCCAGAAUCAAGCCUGAAAGUCUCAUCAUUCUGAAAGCACACUCAAGGGCACAUCUAAAAAGCUUUCGUAACUCACUGUUUCUUUAUCACUUUAACUCACGCUGGAGUUUAAAAAUUGCACUUAUCUUUUCAGAUGACUAGUGUUAUUAAAAGAAAUAUGGCGGAGAUGAACAAUAACUUACAAACAUAAGACAUCACCUUAGCUCUGUGAUCUUGACCAAAAACUUUAGCGAUCUGAAUGAAGUGGUUUGUGUCAAACUUUAUCAUCACACUAGUUAAUCUAGGUCAACUCAAAGUGGGAAAGCCAGUCUGUCUUAUAAAACUAUUUAGAAAAUAAAAGUACAAAAUGUAACACAAAACAUUUUGUUACAUUAUGAAAGAUAUGCUACAUCUUUCUCCAAAUAGGCAAUACUAGAGGUACAGUCAUGGAGACUUCUGGGCCUUUUUAAUUAGGACAAUUCAAACUAAGAAAUAUUCAGUACAAAUAAAUAGUAUGUCAAAAUCCCUCUGCAUCUUCAUUGUCCAUAAACAAGGCUUUCAUUCUGAAGGUAAGUGGAAGCGACUGCUCUCCCAAAUCUUGCUUUUGUAGCUCAGGAGUGAUCCAAUAAUGAGGAGUUGUCAAAACUUGUUUUGUCUGUCGUGUUGAUUGUUUCAAUUGUUAAUUGUGUUAUAUUUUUUAGUAAAGAUGAUGUAGAAGUCACCCGAAUAUCUAAUCUCUUUACUGAAGCUGGUGUAACUUAAUAUACCAAGCACAUUCAGCUUGUAAGAAUUUCCAUACAGUAUAGUCUGUCUCCAUUCUCCUGAGGAAAAUAAAUAGCAUUAUAAAUUAGCAGAGGUAAUAUCUUUAUAUAUAGUAUAUGUUCAAAUAAAUAAUAUAAUUACAAAGGUAUCAAUUUGUCA